UUGCACUUCCAGUGCAGCGAUGGAACCUGCAUCAGCGUUGACAAGAAGUGUGAUGGCGUUGGAGACUGUCCCGACGGAUCAGACGAAACAUUUCACAUAUGUAGGAAUGUGAGGUGCCCAUAUUACCACUUUCGCUGCACGUACGGAGCUUGCGUUGAUGGAACAGCUUCUUGCAAUGGUGUCAAAGAAUGUAUGGACAAUUCAGAUGAACUUCAACCAGCCUGUCAGAAGAAAAAUAAUAUAUAUGGAGAAAAAUUUAUUUGCAAGAACGGUGAAAUGAUAGAAGUUUAUCAGAUUUGUGAUGGGACCACUGAGUGUAGUGACAAUAGUGAUGAGAUCUUGGAGACUUGCGCCAGCACUAUUUGCCCAUCUCAUUUAUUCCAAUGUGCGUAUGGCGCUUGCGUAGAUGCUGGGGCCGAGUGCAAUAAUUUGCAGGAAUGCGCUGAUAAUUCUGACGAAUGGGAUCUUGUAUGUAAUAAGACGUCUUCCACAACAACAUCUACUACCACAGAGAAAACUCGUUCUUCUUGCAUCUUGCCAGAUCAUCCAAAGUUUGGGUUAUACAGCUUAGCUGAUGGUACCAAAUAUGUUCCUAGGAGUGUUCAAGAAAAUUUGGUGGUUCUGAGCCUUACGUGCUACCCAGGAUUCAAAGUUGUUGGGAUAGCAGCCACUUACUGUCUUGAAGGGACAUGGUUUAGCGAUUUGCCUUAUUGUGCCCGGACAUGUAAAUUGGAUGCAUCACCUAGUAUCGAGUACAUAUGUUUUACUGAAAAUGACGGGACCAGGCCUUGCGAAGAAUAUGAAGUGGAGGAUACCGUUGUACAACCGCAAUGCAGAGAGCCCAAUUACUAUAGUAUCAACGACUUACCAUACAUGGUGUGCCUGGAUGGACAAUGGUCUUCCCAACCGAAGUGUGAACCUGAAUGUGGUACUUUAACGCCACGCGCGACUCCUUUGGUGCUUGGCGGGCGGAUGGCUGACUUCGGCGAAGUUCCCUGGCACGCGGGGAUCUACAUCAAGUGGGAUAAUUCACCGAAAAAUCCGACACAGAUAUGCGGUGCUUCUUUGGUCAGCGACACAGUUCUGAUCUCUGCCGCUCAUUGCUUUUGGUACACCGAAAAAAUUGAGCCAGCAGAAAACUACGCAGUGGCGGUUGGCAAGCUGCAUAGAGACUGGGACCAUCCAUCGGAUAUGGGUUAUCAGCAGACUUCAGAUGUGCAAUCUAUCUACGUGUCUCAUUACUAUCGGGGAUCUUCUUUGAACUAUCAACAUGACCUGGCAGUCGUGAUUGUUACCCAGCCCUUUUCAUACCGUCCAUACAUACGACCUAUAUGUCUGCAUUUUCCUCAUAAUACGACGGAAAUGGUGAUCAAAAAUGGUGACCUUGGAAAGGUAGCUGGCUGGGGUCUUACGACGGUCCACACUGAUUCUGUAUCACCAACACUGAAGGUUCUCGACGUGCCUUAUGUUGAUUUUGACAUCUGUCUGCAGAACACGCCAGAUUUCUACCAAGAAUUCUUCAGCGGUGAUAAAUUCUGUGGUGGAUACGCUAACGGUACGAGCCUCUGUAAAGGAGACAGCGGCGGUGGGUACGCGUUUCCCUUUGAGCAUAACGGCCGAACCAGAUACUAUCUUCGAGGGAUCGUCUCCACAAGUCCACCGCUACCUUCGGGAUUAUCAUGCAACAUAUACACGUACACGAGCUUCACUGAUAUCAGACAACACAAAAGCAUCAUCAUGAUGCAUAUGCAUUGA